UGCUAGUUUAUUAUAAAUUAUUUAAAAUAAUUUAUAGGUAGUAGUUACUACUUUACUGGUUUUAUAAAUUUUAAAAAUUUCUCAACCUGUCUUAGAUUUGCGUUUUUACUAUUAUUGAAUAGGUAAGUACACAAUCGAAAGUUUAGAUAUCAAUUUAUCGUUUGGUUCGGUUAUUCCGUUUUACAAUGUUAAAACUAUUUGUCAGGUCAAAACAUAUUGGAGUAAAUUCUACCUUUAAACUUAAAUAACAUAGGAUUAGUCAGACCGGUUCUAAAUUCAAGUCAUUUUACAGAUCUAUUAUGUUAUGGUUAUAAUAUCAUGGUCUGUAUCAAACUUAUUGAAUUUUGAAUGUCGCUUUUCAUUGAACAAUGAUACUGAUAAAUGGUACACGCCAUAAUGAUUAAACUAUUGAAGUGUGAUUCAAUAUAUUAUUUAUUGUCUUGAAAUUACAUUUUAGUUCUGCAUAAUUCAAUAACCAUACUAAUCUGCAAUCAUGCGUCGAAGUUUAGCUCCAAGUCAAGUGAAUAAACGACCUUUAAGUGAUUCAAAUCAAUCUAAAAGAGCUUGUGUGAAAUAUAGUGACCAGUCACAAAAAACUGAUCAAAAUUCAAAAGAAGAUGACAAAUCUAUGACACUUUCUAUAUACGAACAAAAUAUAAGAAAUAUAUUAUCAAAGCCAUUUAAAGUACCAAUAGCAAAUUGGAGUGGUAGCAGUUUCAGUAGGGCAUUAGGUGUUCGCCGUGAUGGCAUUCGUCGACCUUUACAUGACCCUACUGCUCCAGAUGCUCUUAUUUUAUAUAUUCCUCCACAAAUUAGUGCCCAUGACAUUUUAAAAAUGGAUAAAGACAAAAUAUUAGUUAAUGUUGUUGUUGAUCCAGCGUUAUCAAAAAUACUUAGGCCCCAUCAAAGAGAAGGUGUUAAGUUUAUGUAUGAAUGUGUUACUGGAGUACGUAUAGAAGGUGCAUAUGGAUGCAUCAUGGCAGAUGAAAUGGGAUUGGGAAAAACUUUGCAAUGCAUAACCCUAAUGUGGACUCUUUUGAAACAAGGACCAGACGCUUCACCAACUAUUCACAAAGCUAUUAUAGUUACACCUAGUUCUUUAGUAAAGAACUGGUGUAAUGAAAUAAAAAAAUGGCUUGGUGGUCGAAUUGGAGCUUUACCUGUCGAUGGAGGAGGCAAAGAACAAGUGGACAAAGUAAUAACUGGGUUUGUUCAAGCUAGAGGACGUAGAACUGUUGAUCCAAUUUUAGUCAUAUCAUAUGAAACUUUUCGUAGUCAUGCAAGUUUGUUACAAAAUGCUGAAGAUAUAGGCCUUGUGUUAUGUGACGAGGGACAUAGAUUAAAAAAUUGUGAAAAUCAAACUUACCGUUCAUUAAUGGCUUUAAAAGCAAAACGAAGAGUUCUGUUGUCAGGCACACCAAUCCAAAAUGAUUUACUUGAAUAUUUUAGUCUUGUUCAUUUUGUUAAUGAAGGCAUCUUAGGGACUGCUCAAGAAUUUCGUCGUCAAUAUGAAACACCUAUUGUACGAGGUCAAGAUUCCUGUGCUACUGAUUCCGAACGCAAAAAAGCAGCAGAGCGUUUAGAACAAUUAAUAUCAUUAGUAAAUAGGUGUCUAAUUAGACGUACCUCAGCAUUACUUUCCAAAUACUUACCAGUUAAAACUGAACAUGUUGUUUGCAUAAAAUUGACACCACUACAAACUGAUUUAUACCUUCAUCUUCUUAAAUCUGAUAUGGUCACAAAAUCAAUUAAAGGCAAUGAUGGAAAAGUUACUAGCAAUGCAUUAGCGGCUAUCACAUUGCUCAAGAAGUUAUGUGCUCAUCCAGAUCUUAUAGUAGAUAAAAUAACGAAUGGAAGUGAUGGAUUUGAAAAUUCAAAACAUUUACUACCUCCAUCAUACAUAGCAGCUCAAUCCAAAAAAAAACUCAUGAUUGAAUUAUCAUCUAAAUUAAUGGUCCUUGACACAAUGUUAGCUGUUAUAAAAACUACCACCACUGAUCGUGUAGUAUUAAUUUCUAAUUACACUCAAACAUUAGAAUUAUUUGAAAGACUCGCUAAAUUAAGGAACUAUACAUUUGUUAGAUUAGAUGGAUCCAUGACUGCUAAGAAAAGAGCAAAAGCUGUAGAUGAUAUUAACAACCCUACUAGUGGUGUUUUUUUGUUUAUGUUGAGUUCAAAAGCUGGAGGUUGUGGAUUAAAUUUAAUUGGUGCUAAUAGGUUAGUAAUGUUUGAUCCCGAUUGGAAUCCUGCUAAUGAUGAUCAAGCAAUGGCUAGAGUAUGGAGGGAUGGCCAAAAAAAACCUUGUUUUGUGUAUCGAUUUUUAGCUACUGGAAGUAUUGAGGAAAAAAUGAUGCAAAGACAGGCACACAAAAAAGCCUUAAGUUCUAGUGUAGUUGACUGCGAGGAAGAUGUUGCAAGACAUUUUACAGUUUCAGAAUUACGUACAUUAUUUAAUCUACGGCAAGAUACUAUUAGUGAUACACAUGAAAAAAUAAAAUGCACCCGUUGCAUUAAUAAUAUCCAAACAAAACCUCCUCCAGUUGAUAGUGAUUGUACAAAUGAUCUUUCUUGUUGGCAUCAUUGUGCAGAUAAACGAUGGCUUGUUGAUCCAGUACUAAAACAAUGUUGGCAUGCUGGCAUUAGUAUGGUGUUUUAUCAAAAUUCUACAAUUCAUAAAGAGAAACCAAUUGUUGAAGAGGUUGAAGAGGAUAAUGAUGAUUUUGACAAAAAGGAAGAAGAAAAUAAUAUAACUUAAAAUAUAAUAUGCUGAUCGAAAGCUUAACAGUUUACAUUUGAUCAUUCUAAAAAUAUAUGGCUGGGUAUCGCAAACCAAAUGCAUGAAGAAACUCAUAAAACUAUCAGUCUUUUUAAAUGUGUGGCAGCAGGACAUCUUUAAAUUUAGAGCAUGAAUGAUUUGAUGGGAGAAAAGAGACAUUUGCAAAUCAACCAAUCAACCCUUUAUCUCUCUUUCUCUUUGUUCAGUCUCCUCCAUUACCAUAACGAUCCUAUUAAAUCUUAGUCAUAGAUUGUAUUCAUUAAUAUUGGAAAUUAUAAUUAUAAAUAUUGAUUAAAAUAAUCAUGGUUAUUAUGUAUGUUGCAUUUUUUUUGUUCCUAUAAGAUGGGAAAGAAAGAAUCAAUGAUUUCAUUUCCUAAUAAUGUAGAUAACUACACUGCCUGAAAACAGAUAUUAUUUAAAAAAAAAAGCAAAUGUGUGGUCUUAAAGCACACUAAACAUCAAAAACUCAAGGACAAUUUGUAAUUCUUUUUACUAAUUUGUAUUGAUACAUUUUUUUAUACUUUUACCAACUAUUCCAAGGUGACCUCUGAUCAUUCAUUCAUUAUUGAACUUAAUAUUUUAGGUUUUUGGAUUUGCCCAUGUGGAUUAGUCCCCAACUUCUUCUACAACACAUAUAAUUUUUUUUAAAGAUAUUUAUUUGUGCUGCUUGAAAUUGUUUCUGGGGCCAAGCCAAACCAUCCAAUAUAAGACACUUACAAGCGUUUCAGUCCAUAUGUCUUAAACAAAUAACUGGAGCCUCCUGGUAUAUGACUAACAACACACUACAUAAGGAUCUAAAAAUCUCAACUGUCAAUGAAAUAGCUACUAAAAACAAAAAGUUUCGCUCCAAACUACACCUAAACCAAAACCCUCUUAUUUCUCACAUGUCCUAUUUAACCAUCCUCAGCAACCCUCAUAGAAGGUUAAAAAUAAAAUGGCCAAGAGACACCCUUGCCUAGCACAAAAAAAAAAA